AUGAAAAUUCAAAUGAAUGUGACUUUACGUCAAGUUUGUGUUACCAUUGGUGUUCUUCAUCUGAUUAUAAUAGGUUUACGAAUAUACGAGAGAAUAUGGGAAAUCAUAACAUUAGAAGAACCAUUUCUUAUUGAAGAACAUACUGGCAUACUGACGUCAUACGGAAUCCAAAUAUUUAUAGCAUGUCUCUUAAUUUAUGGAUCUGUAGCUGAAAGCCUCAAUUUUACGUUGCCUUGGUUAUUAGUCACAGCUCCGCAUUUCUUCUGGGAAGUCUAUAUGCGACAGUUGUUGUUUAUAAGGAAGAGUCCGUGCAAAUAUUUUGUAAUUUCUUGGCAGUGUGUUUAAUAUGGCUGAUGUGGUUGGCCGUACUCCAAUAUAACAUAAAACAUAAUGUGUUUGUAAGAAGUAUGCUGAAACUGCAGGGAUAUGUGAAACUGAAAAACGAAAUCUUGUUUUAA